AUGUCAACAUCGGAAUCGGAACCAGAGUUCGACGAUAAUCCCUUCGAUGAUAUUAUGGAUGAUGAACUCGUCGAUAUUAAUGAUGAUGAUGAUGAUAAUAAUGAUUACGAAGAUGAUUACGAUUUCGAUGAUACUAAUCAUUUUACGAAAUUAAUUAAUGCUAUAUUGAGACAAGCUCGACUUGAUGGUUUUGAAAUUCCUUCAGUCAAUAUCCCUGCGAAUUAUGCUGCUCGUACAGCAAUGACUUCUAAUCUACAUGAUUUAACAAUGGUAAAUACGUCUGCAGCAUUUGUCAAUGAUUCGCUUCGAAUGUAUUUGACAGCUCCACCCCUAGUCCGAAAAAAGCCAAAUACAGAAAAGUAUUGUUUCACAUCUGAUCUUAUGUCUGAUGAGUCUGAAAAGAAAGUCUCAACAAAUUCAGCAAUCUAUGUUGGAAAUCUGCCUCCUAAUAUUGCAUGGAAAGACUUGAAAAAUUGGUUCAUCGAGCAAGGUUAUCCCGUCAACCACGUCGACAUGAAAACAAAUAAGGUAGGAGUAGAUUUAAGAUUUAACUUGUUACUGAUACAGAUUGUUGUCAAUUAUUUUCAGAAAGGUGCACGUUAUGCUUUUGUUCGUUUCGAUUCAAUUCAAACAGCGUUGGAAGUUGUAUAUGCCAGUACAGUAAAAUCAAAAACAUUUGUUUUCAAAGGCCAACAACUGCAUAUCAACCAUUCUCAUAAUAAACCUUUUCGACAGCCUAAAAAUACUCCGAUAAUUAGAACAACAACAACAAGCGAUAACAUAUCUAAAAGCAUACAUUUGACAAUCACAGAUAUUCACUAUGGAACGCUCAUUACAGGGGCAGCUAUGAGAAAUAUACAAACAGAAAACACUACUGUUUCAAAUGACAGCAAAUGCGGCAUCAUUGCCCACCGUCUUUUAACCGAUAAAUGCAUAAGUAUGAAUCUGAGUAUCGAUGCGGACAAGAAAAAAAUAGCUAUUAUUGGUAAUUUCCAGUUGGGUCAUACGGACUAUUUUGAUUCUGCUACUACACUAACAUUUGAAUGGAAUUUCCUAGACCUGAAAUCGAGAAAAAUAAGUCCGGUAUUAAUUAAUCAGGGCGAAGUAUUUUUACUUGUGGAACUGAAACGGCCUCCAAUAAUUUUUCAAACGCAAACUACAUCGAAUAUGAUUGGUGACGAAUCCGAUGAGAAACGUUUACCUGGUUGGGGACUUAUUGGCUAUGCUAAUGCAUGGCUCUUCAAAUUAUUGCCAAAUAAUCAGCACGAUGAGUAUCUGAAGUUAUUUGAAAUCCUGCGUCGAUAUAACUUAUCGCCAAGACAGUUCUCUGAAUACAAUAUUAUGCAUUUAGUUGAAAGAACAGAACAUGCACGAAAGCAUCUCGAAUCGAUUCCACUUAUAUCCAACGAUGAAUGGAUAAAAGGAAAUCAAGCAAAAGUAGAUGAUUUUUUUAAUCGUCGAUGGCCAUCAUAUCCUUUCGAAACAAAGUUCGAAAUCAUGAAACUAAUUUCAAAACGUAUUAUCACAGUUAAUGAUUUAAUCGUUGAUGAGCAAGCCGAAAAUCUCUUAAAAUUAUGCUCUAUUAAUACAUUGAUAGCUCUUACAGGUAAAUGUCAAAAUCAAAACUUGUAUUUCACUACACAUAAUGGUGCAUAUGUUUUUACAGAUAAAAUUGUUGAAAUAGCUCCUCGACGGUUUACAACAAUAUGUGACCACGAAUAUGAAGAUUGGAAUCAUGAAAAUUGGCAAGACGAACCGCAUGUAGAAAUAGAAAGAAACCAAAAGCGAACCAACAUUAAAGAGCUUCGUACGGAUGAUCGAUUCAUAUCCAAGCAUAUUCGCUUAUGUGCUACUGGAUCAGUCGUUAAUAAUACAGAUACUGAUAUUGCAUCUUUGAAAACAGGGAUAGCAAAUUUUUCAUUAGCACCAAGCAAAUGUCACAUUGGAAUAUUUAGUCGUUUUCUAAUUUCUGCAUUUCAAGAACUACUAAAAAAAUAUGAGCUUUGUCAAAUAACAACGACGAAAAUUUAUGUUACUAAACUUGAAUUACGUACUGCAAGUGUUGAUCCAUUUUUAAUGCGGAAGAUCUACAUUACACCAUCAACUAUUCUUUAUGAAGGUCCGUAUCGUGAGGAAAAAUGUGCCGUAACACGACAGUAUGUACAACAUCAAGAUCGAUUUCUCCGUGUAACUUUUCGCGAUGAAGACUAUCGUGUGUUACAUAAUUAUAAUGAUAAUAUGACGAAAAUAUAUGAACGCAUCAAGAAAAUCUUGAUAAACGGAGUGAAUAUAUGCGAUCGACAUUAUGAAUUUUUAGCGUUUUCAAGUUCACAGUUACGUGAACACUCCUGCUGGAUGUUUGCUAGAGCUGAUGAUGAUAUAACGGCGGAUUCGAUUCGUGCAUGGAUGGGAGAUUUUCGAAAUGUUCGCCCAGUAGCUAAACUAGCUGCUCGUUUAGGGCAAUCGUUUUCGACAAGUGUAAAAGGUAUUCAACUUGAAAGUAUUCAACGGAGAGAAAUAUCUGAUUUCAAAAAAAUGGAAAUACUCGGUGAACAUUCACGUGAACAUUGUUUUACGGAUGGCAUCGGUAUUAUUUCACGGACAUUUGCAAAACGAUUAGCUCAACAAAUGAAGUUGCCUCAAAAAGUUUGUCCAUGUGCAUUUCAGAUUCGUUGCGGAGGCUAUAAAGGCAUGGUCUGUUUGGAUAUUGCUAAUAGCAUCACUGAUUCUAAUGUAAACGUCUAUUUUCGUGGUUCCAUGAAAAAAUUCGAUGCAAAUAGUUUUUCCAUUGAUGUUGUACGUACGUCACUUAACCCGUCAGUUGCUUAUCUAAAUAGGCAAAUUAUUCUUCUUCUAUCAUCUCUUGGAAUUCCAAAUGAUAUUUUUAUUUCGUUCCAAGAUGAAAUGCUACAACAGUUAGCAGCAUUAACAGGAAAUUCAUAUGAGGCACAGAAAGCAAUAAAAGAAUUAAAUGAAUUUGGUGGCAAUGGGUAUCUUGCAUUUCUGAUAGCAUAUUUAAAAAGCUUAGACGAAAAAAAAGAUCCAUUUGCUCGCCAACUUCUUUUUGCUUUUCAAGCAUUUCUGGUUAAAGAAUUGCGAACAAAAGCAAAAAUUCAUGUACCAAAUUCAUGGUGUUUAUUGGGAGUAAUAGACGAAACACGGACACUCAACUAUGGUGAAGUUUUUAUUCAAAUAGAUAAUAGUCAUCAACAGAAAGAAAAUUCUCGAAAACAAAUUCUACAAGGCCCCGUAGUAGUAACACGAAAUCCUUGUUUUCAUCCCGGUGACAUACGAAAGCUAACCGCCGUUGAUCUACCAGCUUUGCACGAAUUAAAAAAUGUGAUUGUUUUUCCUAUGCAAGGACCUCGUCCUCAUCCUAUGGAAAUGUCAGGUGGAGAUCUGGAUGGUGAUACAUUCUGGAUAAGUUCGAAUCCAAAUUUAAUAUUUUCAAAAAAUGAAAAACCAUUUGAUUAUCAAGAUCAGGAAGACCAAGCUAAUAACGAAACAAAAUCACUUACAAAUGUUCAAUAUACCAUUCAGAACGUGUGUGAUUUUUUUGGUGAAUACAUUGCAGCUGACAAUCUCGGUCUUAUUGCUAAUCGGCAUUUGGCUUUUGCCGAUCAAUUAAAAGAGGGCGUCAAGCAUGAUAAAUGCCUUCAAUUAGCUAGAAUGCACAGUGUGGCUGUUGAUUUCGCUAAAAAAGGAAUCAGUGCACCUCGUCUUUCAUCUGAACUUCGCCCUCUUACGUAUCCACAUUAUAUGGAAAAGAAAGACAAGGAGUCCUAUCAGUCAAAAACAGUUCUUGGCCUAAUUUAUGACAAAGUCGCAAAUUACAGUAGUAAUUUAUAUAUAAAUCAAGAAUACGAGAUUGACGCUACAUCAUCAUUUCCCUAUCGAUCUUUCUUUGUUAAUGGAAGCGAUACAUAUAUGCGAGAUGCUCGCGUCAUCAAAGGUGAAUAUGAUCGAGAUCUGAAAAGACUUAUGCGACAGUACGGUAUUAGAAAUGAAGCUGAAGUUGUUUCGGGUUAUAUUCUUCAAUUUACUUCAAAACAAUAUGCAAAAGAAACAAAAAAUUUAUUCGAUUUAAGAAAUGAAAUUACACAUGCCUACAGAGUUAUACAAGAAAAACACUUACAUUUGUUUUGGGAAGAAUUCUAUCAAGUAACAGAUGAAUCACAAGUCAAACAAGUUAAAUGGUCUGAAGCAUCGAAAGAAUUAACAUGGAAAAAUCAGAUUGAUACAUUAGAAUUUUAUGAGAAAUUAUCAGUAAUGGAGGAAGCAAAGAAAAAAGCAUCCGCUUGGUUCCAUGCCACUUAUGAACCAUGGAUAAUCAAAAUAAACAAAUAUAGAAAAAGCCAAAAGAAAAAACCAAGCUUGGUUAAAAAUAAUCAACAAACAGAAGAACCAAAAUGUCUCGACGACCUAUUUAGUUUUGCUUGGAUAGUCUAUCCUGUGUUAAUGAAAAUUUACGAUGAAACUCAAAACAAUGCUGAAUCGAAUUCAAAAAGAAAGAAGAAAAAUAAAAAUAAAAAUAAACAAAAAAAUAUUCCUAUUGUACCGAAAAACAAUGAUGCAUAA